ACUUAAAAAAACAUUCAGCCACAUACUUUCUUUUCUUUGUAUUUCUACCCGAAAAUUGGCUAAAAAUCCAAACCUCAACGCCCUCAAUGUCGUAAAUUAGUAAACUAACUAGUAGUAUUCUAGAUUCAUUUAUUUUUGUACAUAUCUUGCUCGGAGUUGGUUGUUUUCGGGGUGAAUUAGUGCAACAAAACCUUCACUGUCUGCUCUGUCUUGAACCUUUGGUCUAAAUCUGUCUACAGUAUAUCGUAUUUCUCUUUAUACCGUCGUUUUUUUUUCUUGUUCUGGAUGGCCUUGGCCCUUCCUUCGUUACAACACAGUUUUCAGAACCAAGAAGGAUCGUCUUUCUAGAUUUGGAAAUACUCCGAUUGAUCGAAUACUCGUCAGGAAACAGACUCGUAGGCCAGCGACUGUGACAACAUUUCAACGACUAAAUUUACCACUUCCAGCACAUAUUAUAUGCUCGGCAACUCUAGCAUUUUCAUCGACAACCGACGACAAAAAGCCAGCUCUACAGGGAAGAUAACAGAAAUCUUGAAUUAUGACUCUUGAAGGUGAUGUUGAAACCAAAAGACCAUGCACAGCAGGCCAAAGGCGAAUGUCUACAGGUAGUCGAAAGGACUCCAAACGCAGACGAGAGCGUAAUGGAAGAUUCUCUCUGCGUAGCUUAUUUGGCCGUUCUAGGAAUUAUAAGGGUGAAAAUAAGCUGGAAAAAGUCACAAAGAAUCGAAAGCUUAGUGGAGAAACUAUGGUUAUCUGUCCAGUUUGUUUUGUUGUUCGCCCUCGGAGCAUGUUUCCUGAGAUAUCUACCUGUGAACACAGAUCUUGUAUAGAAUGCUUGAGACAAUAUAUGACUAUAGAGAUUAAUGAGUCACGUGUUAAUCUGACUUGCCCAGAAUGUUCUGAGAGGUUUCACCCAAAUGAUAUAAAACAUAUACUAAAUGAUGAUGGUUUGAUGAACAAAUAUGAUGAAUUUACAUUAAGGCGCACAUUAGUUUCUGAUCCUGACUGUCGCUGGUGUCCAGCACCAGAUUGUGGUUACGCUGUUAUUGCAUCUGGCUGUGCAAGUUGCCCAAAGCUUGAAUGUCAGCGAGAAAACUGCAAUACUGAGUUUUGCUAUCACUGCAAACAGUUAUGGCAUCCGAAUUUGACUUGCGAUAUGGCGAGAUACAGAAGGGCAACUCACAUCAAAUCUCUGUCAACUGAGGGUCGGAGUUCUCAUGGGUGUGAUGAUAUGAAACCUUGUCCAAGAUGUGGUGCAUUUAUUAUCAAGAUGGAUGAUGGCUCAUGUAAUCACAUGACCUGUGCCGUCUGUGGAGCAGAGUUCUGUUGGCUUUGCAUGAAAGAAAUAUCAGAUUUACAUUAUCUUAGUCCUUCUGGUUGUACUUUCUGGGGUAAAAAGCCAUGGAGUAGGAAAAAGAAAAUUCUCUGGCAAGUAGGAACUCUAAUAGGUGCACCACUUGGCAUAGCCCUGGCUGCCGGAGUUGUUUUGCCGGCCAUGUUGAUUGGGAUACCUGUAUAUGUUGGCCGACAGAUUCAUGAUAAAUAUGAGAAGCCUUUCCACUCUGCACACAAACGUAACCUAGCAAUUACUGGUGGUGUGACAAUAUCUGUUAUAAUAUCCCCUAUCCUUGCUGCCUUGACAAUUGGUGUAGGAGUACCUAUUGCUUUGGGAUAUAUCUAUGGUGUAGUUCCUGUUUCCCUCUGCCGCAGUGGUGGAUGUGCAACAGUUACAACUACCAAAAAUGGUAAAGGUGUUAAUAUUGAUUUUGAUGGUGAAGAUCGUCCAACUUUUCCUGGGCCUUCAGGGUUUCUAUUUGGAGCUUCAAGAUCUAGCAGUCGGGGGAGCAUGAAAAACRCAGACAAAAAUGGAGGAGUUGUGACUGUGGUGGCUACUGUAAAUAACUUAGGGAAUGACACAGAAAGUGGUAAACAGCCCAGUGUCAGCAUGAGUCAAGAAUGUUCAAGUAUCAACAGCAGUACUAUAGGACCACGCGGCACAGCAGACAACGACAGCCACGCUUCCCUCAUCCCUGCUCCUAGGAGUUGCACUGUCAGUAUUGCCAGUAGCUUUGACAAUUUCAAUGUGAAUGGUAAUGAGAAUAUGGCCACUUCAUCUAUUGCGGAAGCUACUGUCUCAGAAAAUGUGGAAGGGGAGUCUAGUAUGGAUAUUUAUGAAGACAACGCCCAUCACGUUAAUGUUUCRCAAAUGGACAACCUCUCAGUUCUCGAAAGUGUGGGUAGCCAUGAUGAGUAAAAAGGUGCAAGGUUUCAGGACUUUGACAUGCACUUCCUUUAUAAUCUGUAGUAAGCAGGUUAAAGGUUGGGGCACAUUAAUUAGGGCAUGAUGUAGGCAGACAACAGUUAGACCUUUCCUGGAUCUACUAGCUAGGAUUUUCUUGGUUUGUGUCACACUCCCAUGGUUAGUGUGGACRUGUGCCAGCCUUUACCCUUGAAAAUUAUUUGAAUAUUACAUGUAAUAGUUCUAGUGAAUUGGUGGGAAUAUUUGGUGUGGUUAAAUUAUCUUAGAGUAAUAAUAAUAUAUAUAGUAUGAGUGGCCGUGUUGUAUACCAUAUAUAUAAACUUGAGGCAAAGCUGAGAGUUUGUAUAUCAUACUGUAUACAACACGAACAUGAAUAUUUUAUAUUGCUUAACAAAUGUCUAGGCUAGUUCCUAGUUACAAGUUAAAGUUUAUGCAAAUGAACAUGAUUCUGUAUCAGAAUUUUAUAUACAACUCUUCACGGUCAUGAUUUCUGUCGUGAUUGUCUCAUGUAUUACUAAUGAGUUUGUUGAUUAUGUAUUAAGAAUAAGAUACUUCCAUAGGUAUGUAGUUUCAUAGUUGUUUUAUUUUAAUAACACCUAUAUAUUUUUCUCAAGAUUGAAAACUCCAAACUUAUACAAUUUACAUUCAAUUUUGUUAUUGGUUUCGUUAUAUUUAGUGUCAGUACUAAGAUUUGGAUUACUAUUACUAAUGAUAGUGGUCAAGUGAUCGUCACAAGAUAGCGAGGCAGGCUAUAUUUUCAUCUUCUGAAGUUCAACGUAACACAGUUACUACAAAAAUCACCAAACUGUAAAACAGGCUUGGGUUUUCCAUUUGAUAAUCACUCCCACUUUUGUGUCAUGGCUUUAUCCUUUUAACUUAAUUAGGCCUUUGUUUCUGUUUGCACUACAGCAAGUUAGUGAUCACUUGACCAUAUAAAUAUAUUUUUUAAAUAAGAUUACUUAAUUCUAAAAUAAUACUGGUAACCAUAAAAGAAAAACAAAAUGGAAACAAGACAAACUCUAUAAAUAUUUUAAGCUUGGUUAAUGAAUAUUCAUUUCAGGCCAUGUGUCUUUUUUUCUUUUCUUUUCUUUUUUUUUCUUU